UCAAAAAUAUCAUGCAAAUAAAUAAAUUUGCACUCGAGGGAUCCGCGAUCAUCAAGGAAACAUUUCUAAAGUUCGUAGAAAUCCAAACCUGAUAUUAUGUUUUUUAUGUUAUCGUUAACUUGUUGACCCCAUCUUGAACCCCAAGAAAACAUUUAUUAUGAUUUUUAUAAUCGAUACACAACGCAGAGUGUCAGGCCUGAUUGACCACCACGUUUUUAAACGUAUUAGUGUUUUGUCGAUGUGUAUUAGAUUAAACAUAAAAAUGGGCUUGAUUUAUCAGAAGAAACUUGUAGUUUUCAUAUGUCCGUAGACAGAGUGAAAGUAGAAAGUUUACUUCCGUGUUAUAAAAGCUGCUGCCGCUAGGAGGCUUGUCUCUGUAUUUAUGUUUUUACCCACAAUUCCUGAGAUGUAGCAGUACAAGGAGAAAACAGAUGAAUACACAUUCUGAAAAUGGCAUUACACAGGUCUUCAAUUUCUGCUCGAAGAGGAUCUAAAAAUGACGCAAACAAGGACGAAGAUGAACCGGAAAAUAAUGGCUAUAUUCAGAUUUUGGUAAAACCACUGGAACAAGGAAAUUUUAGUUUAAUACUCAACUGGUUAGGCCUGUCAAAUUAUUCCUCAAACCAACUCGGGGCAGUGUACGGUUUAGGAUUUGUUAUUACUAGUUUAUUAUUAUAUCAUGUGCUAAGGUGUGAUAUUGGAUCAUUAUUUCAAAGAGUUUGUGGGGUCCUUGUACCCGUUUUUACAGUAAUUUGUGCGUAUUAUUGGUUGUCAUUAUACUUGAGAAAAACUUGGAACACAACAAGUGUGUAUUUGCUAUUCUCAUCAUGUUUUUUGGGAGAAACUGUUGCCCAGAUAAUACUGGGUGCUCUAUCCGAUAGUAAAAAUACUUCAAGUUUUGUGACGCAACCAUUAAUUGUAUUUAUUGUAUUAUUAUCUAUUUGCAUAUCUAGUGUUUUUUCGUCACUUGAAACACAACAUAGUGCUGCCGUUAUUUCACUGGUUAGUUUUACAAGAUUUUUAGCGUGUUCAACGCUCACAGAUAUCCCACAAUGUCUCCGACCUUAUGUUGCUUAUAUUUGUGGUUUAACUGGUGUGAUUAUUUCUAAAUACAUGGAAACUAUAUUGAAGCCACCUAUCAAUAAUUUCAUGACGAGUGAGGGCAAAAUUCCAGUAAUAAAGCGACGACGGUCAAGCACAUCCACUAGUCAUGCUUUUGCUCCACACAAGAAUACGAGAAGAACUUCACUUCCAGCACUUAUUCCUAAGUCUCAGAGUAAAAGAAUAAGAGAAGCAAAUGUCUUGAUCCAGAGCAGAAUUGGUUGUGCUGACCAAAAUGGAGACAGUUCUCCUUGAGAGGAGACCGGUCAGAUGUAAUUACAUGUACAAAAGCCACUACAUUGGAGGACAUGUUUUACACUGUUGAAUGAAGUGAAAAUGUGGAAUUACUAAACCAAUAAACAGACCGAAUUAUCAUUCAUUAAUACAUUGAUUCUAAUCUUUACUUUUCCAUCAAAGUAUCUGGUUUUAGAUGACAUUAUAUUACGUCAUUUGUGCAUUUGUUGGACAUAAAAUCUACGUCAGUAUGUUGAUCAAAGGGAUGAAUAUAUCUUAAUUGGAAUAAUUUCCAUAUCUCUAGACUUGGAUAAAUGCUACAAAUUAUAAUGCUUUGAAAAUGUCAAGCAGACAUAAUGAUCCUGUCUUCACUAGGAUGCAGGGAUCCUAACUUUGCACAUAAAACCUUUUAAUGAUGUCAUACAUCCAUGUAUAAUCAAAGAGUUCUGGUAAUGGAAAUUGUACAAAUCAAACCUUUUUUUAUGAAGAGGUGCCUUAUAAGUUUGAAGGUACACAAUGUAGAAUGGUAUUUAAAGUUGAAAGGAAAAGUAGGAGGAGAAUUGACUACCUUCAACUCUCUUCUCUGCAUAUUUUGGUAUAUUUUAAUUUUUACAAAUGGGGUAUUGAAUUUACUGAAAUAUUGAAGGAAGAAUAUUUGAUAUUAUCAAACAUUUUUGUGAUGUAACUUACUAGACAUUUAAUAGUCAUUUUAUUGUAACAUUUAAGUGCUUAAAAAAAUUUGGUUUUCAAUUAUACAAAACAACUUCUUAUGCAAUGUAAAUAUGUACGAUGUAGAUAUGAAUUAUUGUUUAAUGUUUAUAGAUUAAAACAUGGCAUCCAUCUGUAGGGCAGUUUGAUCCAUUAUAUAUAUAUAUGUAUCAAGGAAUUUAUUUCUUCAACUAUACAUGUACUAUAAGUAAUGUUUUUAUAUGUUGGUGACUCUGAAAAACAUAAUUUCUUACAUAGUUCUCCAAAUCAUUAGAAAAUUAGUCAUAAACAGUUGUUAAAUAGGACCAACUACAUCAUAGUAUCAAUUAAUGCAUGGUAUCUAACUUACCAUGACCUUAUAAUUUCAUUAAUCAGACAAUCUAAUGGCUUUGACUUGGUCCAGAUGUGAUCUCAAUCAAUUUAUAUUACAAUUCAAUUUAAUUUAAUGUUCUUUUUAUAGCAGAAAAAUUGUAGCAGUUUAUAGAGAGACUGGUGAAUAUUGAUUUGAGUUGAAAGAGGUCGCCUGUAUUAUAAGGGAUAUUUGGCAGGUUUUGCCAAAAAAAUCUGUCCAUUUGAAAAUACAGUUAGGAAUGAAUUAAGGUUUUUUCCAUGAAUUGAAGUUUUCAGUUUGUGAUGAAUGCAUCAGCUCCAGAGGUUAAUUUGUCUAAUCAAAAGUUUUAUACAAUGAGAUUAUCACAAUUUUGCAAUCAAAUGUCAUAAGUUGUAUUUAUAGGACAUACAAUCUUUCAGCUUAAAAAUGUCUAAAGAGUAUGCAAAAUUGAAUUUUGGGGUUUUGCAGAAGAAAUAUGUAAUUGUAUCAGUAUUGGCCCUUUUUGGCCAAGUGGGUCUAAGUAAUACUGUGAUCACUUAUAAGCCUGUCAACACUGAGGUUACGAGUUCAAACCCUGCUUUAAUUUGGGCAAGGAUCUGUGUUCAACUCUGAUCUUAGUUGGCUCAGGAAUGCAAAUUUUCCUACCAAAGGUUGGUGGUUCUCUUCAGGCACUACAGCUUCCUCUUCCAAUAAAAUCAGGCCACCAUGAUAUAGCCAAGAGUGCUGAAUGUGGCAUUAAUCACAAACAAUAAAUCAAUCAAUCAAUCCACUUUUGCUUAUUUACAAUUAUAUAUAUAGUUGAAUCUAUUACUAACAGUUAAAUUCAAUGUGUGGGACAAGCUACAGUCAAUUAAGUUUGGUUUUCUGUUACAUGUUUAUUUUUAUUUAGACUUGCAUAUGAAUAAAUAAAGUACAACUACAUUA